AUGUCCUACAAGCGGACUCGCGCGCAAUACGAGGCCGAUCUCCAGAAAUCCCAGUCCCCCUACGUCGCCUACGGCACCCCCCUCCCGCCCUUGGACCCUGACGUCCGCGACGAUGGCUCCUACGUCCCCGUCUGGAAGCAGGAGGUGAGGGAUGAGAGGGGCAGGAAACGCCUUCAUGGCGCCUUCACUGGUGGAUGGAGCGCCGGCUAUUUCAACACCGUGGGAUCCAAGGAGGGAUGGACGCCCUCAGCCUUUGUCUCCUCGCGGUCCAGCCGCCGCAAGGACGACAAGUCUACCACCAGCCAACGGCCCGAGGACUUCAUGGACGAGGAGGACCUCGCCGACGCCCAGGAAUCCGAGAAGCUACAGACUUCGCACGCAUUUGCCGGCUUGGGCGCCACUGACGCCGGUGCCGGCCGCUCAGGGGGGCUGGUUGGCCUCUUCCACGUACAAGGCGAGACAAUGGGCACGAAAUUGCUCAAGAAGAUGGGCUGGAAAGAGGGCCAGGGGGUUGGGCCCAAGAUCCGCAGAAAGGCAGAGCUUGGUAUGGGGACCAACCCGGACUCGGAGGCCGCAGGUGAUACGUACUUGUUCGCGCCGGAAAAUUCCCCAAUGAUAGCAUUUAUCCGCAAGACCGACCGCAAGGGGCUUGGACAUGCUGGGGAAUCAGGGCUCGCACCUCUGGGGUCAUUGAGGUCGGGUCAGCCUUCACAGUCGGACGACGAAGAUGAGAGUGACGAAGGCUUCGGCUUGGGCCGGUCUAGGUUCUCGGCCUCCAAAAGCCAGAAGAAAAAGGACACCAAAGCCCGUGGAGGCAUCGGCAUGGGCGUACUGAACGACACUGGCUCCGAUGACGAAGACCCAUACGAGAUGGGACCGCGCAUAUCAUACAACAGGAUCCUUGGGGGCAGCAAGAACAACAAGAAGAAGAAGGACGCGAACUCUACACCGACGAAUCCGGCGCUUAGAUCCAAGCCAGUUUUUGUACCAAGACGCAAGGCCGCGGUGAAAGCGGCCUCCAGCGACGUGCGGAAAUGUCACGAUGGCCGGCCACCCUUGGAAGGGUUUUGCUUGGGUCAAGAGUUGGAUCCUCUGAUAUCUAUGAUCAACGCCGAGGGCAAGUAUCAACCACCAGAGAUACCAGCAGGUUGGAAGUCGAGCUUGAGGCCCGAAGCCACUCGGGACACUUCAGACUAUAAGUCUACGGCAGAUGCUGCAAAGGCCUCUCAGCUCAACCCCUUGAGCCGAGGUGAUUUGCUUGGAGAGAAGCAACUUCCGGGAAAGUCUGUCUUUGAUUUCCUGUCUAUCUCUGCCAGGGACCGCUUAGCAGCUGCGACAGGAAAGGCAGACCUACCAGAGGCCAAAGGCGAGGUUCCAGAAGGCUAUGCACUGUCGGCGGAGAAGAAGCGACGCAGGCUGUUGGAACAAAUACCAACUCUGGACAAGCAAAGUGCUCUAGGUGCCAUGGCAAGGGGUGCAGCGGGUGGCGGGCCCUAUGGAGACAACGAGGAUAAGCGAUCUCGCUACAGGGGCUAUCUCGAGCUGCAAGCUGGCUUGAGGAGCGAGCCGCCCAUUAAACCGGCCAAGAUGACCAACGAUGAGUGGUUACAGGAGUUCCAUGAGUUUUACAAUGUUGCCAGGAUAUUCCGCCCCAUGACUGGAUCGAUGGCCUCCAGGUUCACAACGUCAUCGUCUUCCAAUCUAGCGAGCGGCACCGACGGCAAAGCUGGAGAUACUGGCCUGCUCUCCAAGCCCUCGUCCAAACCCGAGGACACAGCUGAGGCGGCGGCCAAGAUGGGCAUGUUUGGACACAUGACGCGAUCCUCCCGGGACUUCUAUCCGACCCGGCUGCUGUGCAAACGGUUCAAUGUCAAGCCGCCAGCACACGUCCAAGCUGACACAGAUGCGGACACGGCAAAAGCUCAGGGGCCUCCUGGACCAAUGCCCACGCGCGGUUUGAUCCAAGAUAUCUCGGUCAACGACGCAACGAGUGGUUCGGACGAUCAAGAGCCGACGACUGGGCCUCCCAAGCAGGAUAUAAUGAUAGACAGCAGUAGAAACGAGGCCCUGGAAGGCAAGAGGGCCGGCGAGGAGGUGUUCAAGGCCAUCUUUGGCGAUAGUAGUGAUGACGAAAGCUAG